UAAUUUCGUUUUGGUCCUUGGGGCCUUGGAUCCACAUCCUCUGCGAAGCUCCCCCUCCGACGUAAUUGCAGGGGCGGGAGAAAGUGUUUUUGAGCUAUUGGACUCCAACAAAGUUCUCUACUAGUCUGUACUUGGUUUCCAAAUUCCACUCGGAUCCGUCAUCUGUCUUCCCUACUGUUCUUGGGAGGUCAGUCUUCGUCUUCAAUAUAUGGUGGAAAACUAAGGUGAUCUAGGGUUCAAGAAAUGGGUCGUCCCGAGCCUUGUGUUUUGUUUGCUCAAACCUUCGUUCAUCCUCAACUUGAUGAAUACGUCGACGAGGUAAUAUUUGCAGAACCAGUUGUCAUCACUGCGUGUGAAUUCCUUGAACAGAAUGCCUCAUCAGCUUCCCAAGUAAUACCACUGAUUGGGGCCACUUCACCUCCUUCGUUUGCUUUGGAGAUAUUUGUUCAAUGUGAAGGGGAAGCCAGGUUUAGACGCCUUUGCCUGCCUUUUCUAUAUUCUCAUUCUUCAUCAAAUGUGCUAGAAGUUGAGGCUGUAGUGACAAACCAUUUAGUUGUAAGGGGCAGCUUCCGUAGUCUUACCUUGAUCAUCUAUGGCAACACUGCAGAGGAUUUGGGACAGUUCAACAUAGAAUUUGGUUUCGAUAGUUCUUUAGCAAACCUUGUUUCUUCGCCUGCUGAAGGAAAGCUUGAGGAUCUCCCUCCUGUGAUACAUUCAACAAAGUUGGCAUUUGAGGAGUCUAUAUCCUCACUAAAAUCACUAUGUUUACCAAUUGCUGAGCCAGAUAUUUCUGUUGAAAUAAGGCAGUUUGUGACGUUGGUUCUAAAGGUCUUUGAGUUCUCAGAUAUUGGUGAUGCAAGUGAAAAAAUUGCAGAUAUUGUUGUAUCAGCUGUGUCUUCUUAUGUGAGUAAUGAUUUGCACACAAAAAUUACGUUGAAUCGAUACAAGCAAGUUUGCUUCAGAAAUUGCCUAGAAAAAUCCCAGUGUGUUCUUACUGAGGCUAGAAGUGAGCUUCUUCAACUCUUUAAAUUGCUUCAACAUAGUUCAGGGAACUUGUUAGCUGAAAUAUUGGGGGAUGGAAUUAUUUUUGAAGCUGAAGGUGAUUUGGAUACUCCGGAUUUGUUAAUUGAGGUGUUAGAAAAAUAUUUUUGUGUGAAAAAGAUAUCUGCAGUUACUGCACUCCCACAGCUUUCUCAGGGCAAGAAGAUGAUUGUAGUAUUGUCCAUUGUCCUUCUCUUGUGCUCUGGGAGGGAGGGUUGUUUUCAUUUUGUGAAUGGUGGUGGAAUGGAGCAGCUUGAACAUGUUUUCCAUCAUGAGAUACAAAAAUCAACAGCUUUUACAUUGUUGGUACUUGGAGUUGUUGAGCGUGCUACUCGACAUGCGAUUGGAUGUGAAGGAUUUCUCGGUUGGUGGCCUCGUGAAGACGAGAAUGUCCCAGCUGGCAAUAGUGAAGGUUAUAGCCACAUAUUGAAGUUAUUACUGCAAAAGCAGCGCCAUGAUGUUGCUUCUCUUGCCACUUACAUUCUGCAUCGCUUGCGCUCAUAUGAAGUUGCAUCCAGAUAUGAGUCUGCAGUACUAUCUGUCCUGGGAGGUUUGACUACCAGUGGUGUUACAAAUGUUAUCUUGACUAUGCUUAUCAGUGCCAGGUCUCAGCUCAAAAGCUUCACGAAAUUGCUGAACUCACAUGGUCCAAUUGAAGAUCCUUCACCCAUGGCUUGUGCGAGGAGAUCAUUAAUUCUUGGUCAGAGUGAAGGAUUGUUAACAUAUAAAGCAACUAUUGACUUGAUUGCAUCAUCCAGGUGUUGCUUUUCCCGUUGGGAUGUUGAUCCACAUUUGCUAUCACUUCUCAAGGAAAGAGGUUUUCUUCCUCUAUCAGCUGCAUUGUUGUCAUCUGCCAUUUUGCGUUCAGAAAAAGGACAUACAAUGGACAUAUUUGUGGACAUUGCAUCAUCAAUUGAAGCUAUACUUCUUUCUCUUCUUUUCUGUCGCUCAGGUUUAGUUUUCCUACUCCUUCAGCCUGAAGUCACUGCAACUGUAAUUCUGUCACUUGUGGGUGUUGAAGAUAUGAAUAAAGAGGACUGUGUACCUCUUCGAUAUGCAUCAGUUUUGAUAUCCAAGGGUUUCUACUGUCGCCCACAGGAAGUUGGAAUGAUUAGUGAGAUGCACUUGACAGUGGUAAAUGCUAUAGAUCGUCUUCUUACAUCAACUCUGUACUCUGAAGAAUUUUUGUGGGUUCUCUGGGAACUAUGUUCUCUUUCCAGGUCUGAUUGUGGACGUCAGGCUUUGUUGUCUCUGGGGCAUUUUCCUGAGGCAAUUUCAGUGUUAUUGGAAGCAUUACAUUCUGUCAAGGAAUUGGAGCAAGUGACUCUGACUAGUGGUGCUUCAUCACUUAAUCUUGUGAUUUUUCACUCAAUUGCGGAACUUUUUGAAAUCAUUGUUACGGACUCAACUUCAUCUUCUCUGGCUUCUUGGAUUGAACAUGGUGUGGAGCUUCAUAAAGCUUUGCAUUCAUCUUCCCCUGGGUCCAAUAGAAAAGAUGCUCCUACAAGGUUGUUGGAAUGGAUAGAUGCUGCUGUAGUUUAUCAGAAAAAUGGUGCUGUUGGUCUUCUACGCUAUGCUGCAGUUUUAGCAUCUGGGGGAGAUGCUCACCUAACUUCAACAAGUGUUCUAGUAUCAGAUUCUAUCGAUGUUGAGAAUGUUGUUGGAGAUUCUGCCAGUGGUUCUGAUGUUCAAGUUGUAGAGAAUCUGCUUGGGAAACUUGUUGCUGACAGACAUUUUGAUGGAGUUACUCUUCGUGACUCUUCUGUAACACAACUGACAACAGCAUUUCGAAUUUUGGCAUUCAUUGCUGAAAAUUUGGCUGUUGCUGCUGCUCUUUAUGAAGAAGGUGCUGUAACACUUACAUAUGUAGUUCUGGUCAACUGUAAAUUCAUGCUUGAGAGAUCUGCCAAUACCUAUGACUAUCUUGUGGAUGAAGGUGCAGAAUGCAAUUCUACAUCAGAUAUUCUUUUGGAACGCAAUCGUGAGCAAAGCAUAGUUGAUCUUCUCAUUCCUUCUCUUGUUCUACUGAUUACACUUCUGCAAAAACUGCAGGAUGCUAAGGAGCAGCAUAGGAAUAAAAAGCUACUAAAUGCACUUUUGCAAUUGCAUCGAGAAGUAAGUCCAAAGUUAGCAGCAUGUGCAACUGAUUUAUCAUGUCCUUAUCCUGGUUCUGCGUUUGGCAUUGGAGCCGUCUGUCAUCUUAUUGUCUCAGCUCUUGCCUGCUGGCCAAUAUUUGGUUGGAGUCCUGGCCUAUUUCAUUGCCUCCUUGAUAGUGUUCAAGUGACUUCCUCUCUUGCCUUGGGUCCAAAGGAAGCCUGCAGCUUGCUAUGCCUUCUGAGCGAUCUAUUUCCGGAAGAAGGUAUCUGGCUUUGGAAGAAUGGAAUACCCUCAUUGAGUUCUGUCCGAACAUUGGCUGUUGGGACACUAUUAGGGCCUGAAAUGGAAAGACAAGUUGGCUGGUACUUACAGCCUGAGCACCUGGAUACUCUACAUAGCCGAUUGAUGCCACUGCUUGACAAAAUUGCCCAGAUUAUUCUACAUUUUGCCUUUACUACAUUGGUAGUGAUACAAGACAUGCUUCGUGUUUUUAUAAUCCGCAUUGCUUGCCAAAGAGCUGACAGUGCUGUUGUUCUGCUAAGACCUAUCAUUUCAUGGAUACACAAUCAUAUUUCUGAAUCAUCUCCUGCUUCUGACAUGGACAUUUUCAAGGUUUACAGAUUACUUGAUUUUCUUGCUAGCUUAUUGGAGCAUCCACAAGCCAAGUCAUUGUUGUUGAAAGAAGGUGUUGUUAGGAUACUGAUAAAAGCACUUGAGAAGUGCUUUGACUCAUUGAAUUCGGAUGGAAAGCUAUUCUCAGAAGAUAGUAUUCCCACUAAUACUGGAGGAGCCACCCUGCAUAGUUGGUGCCUUCCGGUGUUCAAGUCCUUUGCACUGAUUUUCGAUUCUCGACCAACUCUACACCGCUCUGGAGUGCAUGAAAAGGACAGCCUAGAGCGAUUGAUCACUGAAGAGUGUUCCUUAAUUUUGGUCCAAGUGCUUAAGUUCUGUGAGGUAAUUAUUAUUAUUAUUAUUUUUUUAAUCCAUAAAGUGCUUGACUAUACCUCUAUUAAAAAUAUUUAUGUUGGCUCUAUUCUUGCUCUUUUCUUUCUUGUGCAAGCAUUGUUUUGGAAUGUCUGA